CUCACUUGGGUACAUUGACAGUAUGGAUUAUCUUCAAGAAGCCAAUGGACAAAAUGCAUAGUGCAUGGUAUUAUAUUAUGAUGAUCAGGCGCUCCAACUCAUCUCUCUCUCGCUCUAACGUUUUUUUGUUUUGUUUGCGCAAUGCAACACGCCGGUCCGUCGCCGUCCAAAACGGAAAAAUGGCGUGAACCCGUCCGGAGGAGUUAUGGAGGAAGAGGAGAGUUGCACAGAAUGGGAGUUGAGGAGGAAGAACUGGAUUGAGUGGCGGCAGUUUCAAAUCCCCGUUUUUAUUGUCCACGUGUGCAAAUAGCCUACAUUUGUGAUCAGGCUAUAUUUUGUCCCUUUAAAUAAACUAAACGAAACGAAAAAACAUAAAUAAAUUUAAAAAAAAAAAACACGGGAAAGCGCUAGGUCCUUGGGAGCGGUCUGAACCCGGUCUACCGUCGGCCUAAGCGGAGAUCAUAACCGGGGCAUACACAUACAUAAUGCAACACACAGGAACUUCCUGUCCAAAAUGGGGGGAAAAGGUGUGACCUCAUUCCGAGGAGUUAUGGAGGAAGAGGAGGAGUAGAAGAGAACAAGAGAUGGGGAGGAAGAACUGGAUCAGGUGGUGUUGCUCUAAGCAGAGAUCCCUACAGGUAGGGUCAGAGAGAACUGAGUUAUCGUCCGGUCGUCUCUGCAGCAUGGACAAAGUCCUCCUCCCCGGACCCAGCGACAUCGUGAUGACCACGCCGCCCGGCUCGUUCCAGCCGCAGCCCCUCACGCCCCCGCGCCCCGGACACCCCUCCUCCUCCUCGCUCAAGCCCAACCAGGUGGGCCAGGUGAUCCUGUACGGCGUGCCCAUCGUCUCCCUGGUGAUCGACGGCCAGGAGCGGCUGUGCCUGGCGCAGAUCUCCAACACCCUGCUCAAGAACUACAGCUACAACGAGAUCCACAACCGGCGGGUGGCGCUGGGCAUCACCUGCGUGCAGUGCACGCCCGUGCAGCUGGAGAUCCUGCGCCGGGCGGGCGCCAUGCCCAUCUCCUCGCGCCGCUGCGGCAUGAUCACCAAGCGCGAGGCCGAGCGCCUCUGCAAGUCCUUCCUGGGCGAGAACUCGCCGCCGAAGCUGCCGGACAACUUCGCCUUCGACGUGUCGCACGAGUGCGCCUGGGGCUGCCGCGGCAACUUCAUCCCGGCCCGCUACAACAGCUCGCGGGCCAAGUGCAUCAAGUGCUCGUACUGCAGCAUGUACUUCUCGCCCAACAAGUUCAUCUUCCACUCGCACCGCACGCCCGAGGCCAAGUACACGCAGCCCGACGCCGCCAACUUCAACUCCUGGCGCCGCCACCUCAAGCUGUCGGACAAGACGCCGCCGGACGACCUGGCCUUCGCCUGGGAGGACGUCAAGGCCAUGUUCAACGGCGGCAGCCGAAAGCGCGCCCUGCCGCCGUCCCACUGCUCGUCGCUGGGCGCCGCCAAGGCCGCCGGCUCCGUCCUGCCCCACAUGAUCUCGGCCGACCUGGGCCAGAAGAGGGCCCGCUUCGAGGACGACGAGGACAUGGACACCGUGGGCGGGCUGUCGCCCAGCAAGAACGCCCGCAGCUACCCGGUCAUCCCCGUGCCCAGCAAGGGCUUCGGCGUUCUGCAGAAGUUCCCCGCCGCCUCGCUCUUCCCCAGCCCCUACAGCUUCCCCGCCUUCGGCCUCUGCCAGCAGAAGAAGGACGAGGGCGAGGCGGGCGGCGGCCAGAAGGGCGCGGGGCUGUCGGGCCUCCUGUGGCCCGGCCGCAAGGACGCCUUCUACCCGCCGUUCUGCAUGUUCUGGCCCCCGCGGACCGCCGGCGGCCUGCCCGUGCCCACCUACCUGCAGCCGCAGCCCAACGCCCUCACCUCGCUGGCCGAGAGCCCCGCCCUGCGCCAGGCCUUCCUGGACCUGUCCGAGCCGGCGGACGUGGGCCCCGGCGCGAACGGCGCCCUCCCCCGGGCGGGGCUGUUCGAGAGCGAGUGCCCCCCCCCCUCCCUGGGCGUGGGGGCGCAGCCGGCGUCGGACGGCUGGCUCAAGCUGCUGGACGCCCCCUCCCUGCAGGCGCGGAAGGCCAGCUACCACUCGGCCUUCCGGCCGGUGGUGAAGGACGCCGAGAGCAUCGCCAAGCUGCACGGCGGCCUGGACGACUUCGGCUCCGACCGCCACCCGUCGCCCGGCACCAGCUGCAGCUACCCCAGCGAGAGCGGCGACAGCGAGGAGGAGCAGGAGGUGGACGUGGAGACCAAGCAGGACGAGGAAGAGGAGGAGAGCUUCGGCGCCCGGCCGCGCGAGGCCUGCCCCCUGCAGCUGCCGGGGCUCGCCGACGGCAAGGAGCCGGAGAGGGAGCGGGAGCGGGAGCGGGAGCGGGGGCCGUUUCCCCCCGACGUCUCCCCGGGAAACGCGGCGGACAAGCCGGGCCUGGCUCCCCCUCCGUCUGCCGCGCUGAAAGGCCCCAGCCCCAUCCCCGCUCCGCUGGAGGACACGGCCUACAAAAAUGCCCAAAAAAACCAGACCGACGGACAGUCAGCUUUUACAUCCAAAGAAAACUGCAACUUUCCAGAUGAAAACAAAGACGAGAGAAACUUCUUUGUCUCAGAGAGGGAGCAUUCUGGGCCGGAGUACUGGAGAGAGAGUGCUGUUGAUCAAAGUCGAGAAGCACGUUCCCCAGUGCCCCUUAAGAAGGACGUCGAAUGCAUGGAGAAAGAAGAACUUCAGAAGGUCCUGCUGGAACAGAUCGAUCUGCGGAGGAGGCUGGAGCAGGAGUUUCACGCGCUUAAGGGGAACGCUACCUUUCCUGUGUUCCAUAACUUUCAGGACCAAAUGAAAAGAGAGCUGGCGUACAGAGAGGAAAUGGUGCAGCAGUUACAGAUGAUUCCCUAUGCAAAUAUCCUCAGAAAAGAGAAAAUUGGUACAAAUUUCAACAAGACCUAAAAGGACGCCAGGUCAAAAACCCACUGACUGCAAAAAAAAAGAAAAGAAAAAAGAAACAAAAAAAAAAACAGGCUUGGCCCAGAGUUUCAUGAAUAACUGGGGCACAAACCAUCUGAAGCAAAAUGAGGAUUUCCAACAACGCAAUGAUCUUGACCUGGUUUCUCCCUAAUCUUUCUCUGCGUAAGGAGUGAACAAAAUGACUAAAAAGGACAAACCAUCAAAGUGGUCAGAGUACAGACAAUGGUCACGAUAUUCGCAGAAAACUCCUGGAUACCCUGUCCCACAAACCAAGAGAGAGGACACUGAUGUACUUUUCUCCGACCGAACAGAUCAAACUUAUUUUCCUUAAACUUCUAUCUGUACAAUGAUUCUUCUUCCCUUUUUAUUGUAUAUGAAACUAACUCUCCAAAAUUAGUCUGGUGGUGGAAAUUCAAAAGUAUAAAGAGCAUUAUUUGAAGACACUAUUUGAAGACAAUUCCAUUGAAAAGCAAAUAUACAAUUCAAUAAUAAUCCUCUCUUCCUUGUUUUGGAAGUGCAAUUGACCCAAUGAAAUAAAAAAUGAAAAAUGAUAUUAACUGUUAAUGAAAUGUAUUUAAAUAUGUUCUUGGAGUUUCUCUACUAUUUAUGUGGAUAAAUAAAAGUCUAUAAGAUA